AUGCAGGAACCCACGAUCUACCGGGCACCCGUCGCGGCGCCCGAGCUGGAGCCCGUCGUCAGCGGGGACGAGCAGACGGGCUACAUCAGCCAUACCGCCUACACCGGCUACAGUCAACAGCCCGUGAACGGCUACGGGUACUCUUCCGGCUACCAGAACGGGGUCGCCAAUGCGCACGCGGUCGACCGGAGCAAGUCCAUGGGAUACGCCACGGGGCCCGUGCCCGAGGAGCCCCCCGAGGACUAUCACGACUUUGUGUAUCCAGAAAAGAGAAAGCUGGGUAUCUUCAGUACGGCACUCCUGAUCAUCAACCGCGUCGUCGGAACGGGUAUCUACUCGACACCGUCAGCCAUCAUCGCAAACACGGAUAGCGUGGGCGCGACAUUGCUGUUCUGGGUUCUGGGAGGAAUUAUGACUUUUGCUGGUGUGUUUGUGUACCUCGAGUUUGGGACUGCUUUGCCACGAUCAGGUGGUGAGAAAGUCUAUCUUGAAAGAGUAUAUCAGAAGCCGAGAUACUUGGCAACAUGCAUAUUCGCGAUUCAAUUCGUGCUAUUUGCAAUCUCAUCCGGCAACGCCAUCAGCUUCAGUAGCUAUAUUUUGAGAGCUGCAGGUGGUGAUGCUCAGAAUGGCAGCUGGUUGAACAGAGGCAUCGCUGUAGCUGCUAUAUCUGUUGUCUGUCUGAUCCAUGCUUUUGCUCCGAGGCCAGGUAUCUGGAUCAGCAACGCCCUCGGUUGUUUCAAGCUGGUCCUGCUGCUGCUGGUCGUCUGCACGGGCUUUGCGGCGCUUGCUGGGAACACGGCCGAACCGAGACCGAAUCCUUCCAACUUCUCGACCUUCAAUGGCCCCGGUACGGUCAUGUCAGCAAGCGAGUCCGCCGUCAUCAACCAGGCCGGUGAGGCUGCGGGAUAUGCCAUUGCCAUCCUGCAAAUUCUCUACGCUUAUAGCGGGUGGGAGAACGCCAAUUAUGUCUUGACCGAAGUACGCGAUGCGCCGAGGACGCUCAAGAUUGCUGCACCGUUGGCUAUUUCGACCGUGACUAUACUCUUCAUCUUGGCCAACAUUGCCUAUUUCGCCGCAAUGACCAAGGAUCAGAUCGCCGACUCGAAUGUUGUAGUUGCGGCCGCUUUCUUCGAACAUGUCUGGGGCCAUAGCAUGUUUGUUACGCGGGUGCUACCGACCUUCAUCGCCCUCUCCGCGCUGGGGAACGUUUUUGCUCAGUCAUUCGCCAUGCCUCGAGUCAAGCAGGAGCUCGCGAAGGAGGGCAUUCUGCCUUUCCCCAGGUUCUUCGCCAGUGACUGGCCCUUGAAUGCGCCCACGGGAGCCAUAUUCCUGCACUGGCUAUUCACCGUUGCCCUGAUCUUAGGUUCCAAGACGCCGGAAACUUACACCUUUGUCACAAAUAUCUUUACGUAUACCGGCAACUGGAUCAAGUUGUUUAUUGGCAUUGGCCUUUUGUACCUCACUUUCAACAGCUCGGAGAACUGGCGGGAACAGCGCACGACCUUCCGCAGCUACCCACCUCUGACCAUCUUCUGGGUCAUCUCUCUCCUCUUCGUACUGGCCGCUCCUUUUAUCCCCAAUAACCUGUUAUCGAACAUCCCAUUCUGGGUGGUCCCGGGCAUUGGAUCAAGCAUGCUGGCGAUUGGCACGGUGUAUUGGCUCGUGUGGGCUAAGCUCCUACCGCUGCUCGGCUUCCAUAUCCAGCACGAGGUCAUCCAGUUGCCGGAUGGGAGCGAGAGAGUGAGAUAUGUGCAUGCUCCAGUACGAAAGAGCAAAGGCCGAUGA